GAGGAGUAGCAGCAGCUAUUGCUGGAGGGGAGAAACUGGGAGGGAUCACGUGACUUCCCACGCCUGCGGGGCGCUCUUCGGCGGCCAACCGGCGCCGGUACCGGAAGUGUGGCGGACGGUACCGGAAGCAUAGUACGGAGUGCUGGGAGUGCCGCGCCCUGCUCUCAGGUUGAGUUUGCUAUGAGAAUGUGAUACGACCGCCUUUUGUUGGGCACUCCUGCCUAUUCGACUUGUGUUUUAAUGGCGCACAUCACCAUCAAUCAGUAUUUGCAGCAAGUGCAAGAAGCCAUUGACAGCAGAGAUGGACAGUUUUGUGCAGAAUUAGUAUCAUUUAAACAUCCACAUGUUGCGAACCCAAGGCUACAGCUUCCGUCACCGGAGGAGAAAUGUCAACAAGUCUUGGAACCACCAUAUGAUGAAAUGUUUGCAGCCCACUUAAGGUGUACUUAUGCUGCUGGAAACCAUGAUUUCAUAGAAGCAUAUAAAUGCCAAACAGUUAUCGUCCAAUCUUUCCUGCGGGCAUUUCAGGCCCAUAAAGAAGAAAACUGGGCUUUACCUAUUAUGUAUGCUGUAGCCCUCGAUCUUCGAAUUUUUGCUAACAGUGCAGAUCAACAGCUAGUGAAGAAAGGGAAAGGCAAAGUUGGUGACAUGCUGGAAAAAGCAGCAGAACUGCUGAUGAGCUGUUUUCGAGUCUGUGCUAGUGACACUCGAGCAGGCAUUGAAGAUUCCAAAAAGUGGGGCAUGUUGUUUCUUGUGAAUCAGCUGUUUAAAAUCUAUUUUAAGAUCAACAAGCUCCAUUUGUGUAAGCCCUUAAUUAGAGCAAUUGACAGCUCAAAUCUGAAGGAUGAAUAUAGUAUGGCACAGAGGGUUACAUACAGAUACUAUGUUGGACGCAAAGCCAUGUUUGACAGUGACUUUAAGCAAGCUGAAGAAUAUCUGUCAUUUGCCUUUGAGCACUGCCACCGCUCAAGCCAGAAGAACAAAAGAAUGAUUUUGAUCUACCUGCUGCCAGUAAAAAUGUUGUUGGGCCAUAUGCCAACAGUUCAGCUCCUAAAAAAGUAUGACCUUCUGCAGUUUACUGAAGUAAGAAAGGCUGUAAGUGAAGGCAAUCUUCUCCUACUGAAUGAAGCUCUGACAAAGCAUGAGACCUUCUUUAUUCGAUGUGGAAUAUUUCUUAUCCUUGAGAAGCUGAAAAUCAUCACAUACAGAAAUCUCUUUAAGAAAGUAUAUUUACUACUCAAAACCCAUCAGCUGUCUCUAGAUGCCUUUCUUUGUGCCCUGAAAUUCAUGCAAGUAGAUGAUGUUGAUAUUGAUGAAGUCCAGUGCAUUUUAGCUAACCUUAUAUAUAUGGGUCACAUUAAAGGCUACAUAUCUCAUCAGCAUCAAAAGCUUGUGGUCAGCAAGCAGAACCCAUUUCCUCCGCUGUCAACAGUGUGUUGAGUAUUGCAUCGUACCCAUGCAAGUACUUUUCAGAUACUUGGCUUGUCCAGUUGGACUGCUCCUAAUCACACUGAGAACACUGCAAAUGACCUGGUUCCUGUCCAGGACUGGAAUACCAGGAAAUCUUUGUGGCUCCUUUCCCAGAAUGACCAAGACUGCCAGUGUUACAAAGUGCAUUGGAGUGAAAUGCUAGCUUUUUAUUAGUAGUUUCUGCAGGCUUUCUGAUAAUUCAAAGUAUUUAAUGAGUAAAUAAAGCAAAACAUUCCAAAUUCCUUCCAAACUCUUAAAAGCUUUUAUAAAGAACUUUGUGUUCCUAUUUCUGCAUUUAUUGUUCAGAGAGAAGUAUCAUCUUUUUUGACUUGUGUUAAUCCGUUCUUUAGAAUGGAAAUUUUACUUUUUUCUUGGUUUCCCUUUUUUUUUUUUUUAGGCCUCUUCAGUAAUCUUGCUGGUAUGAAGUACCCUCUUCAAGCUUUCUCUAAACACUAGAGAUGUGCUUGACACCAAAAGCUUUGCUGUGUCAGUAAUACUUACGGGUUCAAGUAAAUGUGGGAUUUUUUUUGUCUGUUAUGUGCCCACAGAUGGGUUUGUUGGUUGUUUUUAUUUAAAUUCUGGUAAUAUUUAGUUUUUGUUAUGAUGAACAAAAGUUUGUCUAAGUAACUUAUCCAUAUGUUUGUUUAUUCUGCUUCUGGGGUCAACAUUACCACUGGAUCCAUUAUCUGAAGUGUUACUGUUUUGAAGGGUUUGUUUGCGGGUGGUACAAUGUAACCAUAGUUAUGGGAUUAUAGUUUUGGGUCUUUUUAUAUUAUUUUUAUAGGAAUUAAAACAGUUUUGGUGGGUUUUUUUGGGUUUUUUGUUGGUUUUUUUUUUUUCAAUUCUAUAACAGUUGGGCUUUAUUUUACCCACUAACUGACAAGGACUUGAUUCAUAAGGGAAAGCCCAGGUACCAUAUAAGAGGGGAAGCAUAUUUUUAGUGUGAUGAUAGUGUCAAGUCCUACAUUAACAUAGGCAUUUAAAGGCUUGGAGUUCCUCUGGUCCUCAUAAAUUUUACUUGUAUAGAUGCUGACAUUGAAUUUGCUGACUCAGACCUCAGGGUAACAGGAGACUCACUUACUUCUAGCAACAUUUAAAUCUCAGAAAAACAUCAAUGCUUUUAGAGUUUUAAGAUUAACAAUUCUAGGAAACUUGAGUCAGUUUUUAAUAAAAUAACUAGUUUUACUGC